AUGUCAAAUAAAAGACGACGUUGUUUCACUAUCGUUGAAAAAGUGAAAAUAAUUGAACGUUUAGAAAGUGGUGUUUCUAAUAAAGAUCUUUGCCAAGAACUGAGAAUCAGUCAAUCAACUCUAUCUACCAUAUGGAAAUCAAAGGACCAAAUAAAAAGCGUUUUUCAAAAAGACUUUUCACAUCCAACAAAAGAUUAA